UUAGGGUUUAUAUUCCGUUUAGUAUUUGGGUUCACAAAGAUUCACAAAGGUUUUGAAAUUUGUCCGAAUCCCAAAAUAGUGGAUUUGUGCAUCCCUAGAAUGUGUGCAGUUUAAAACGUUUCAGUUAUUUUCAAAGUAGUGUCAAUUAAUUUUGGAACAAUUUCCUGUACCUUGUUAUAUUGCCCUAGCUCUAACAUUUGUUCCCCUAUCCAAAAUAUGGCAUUUAUAUUAUUUUCUAAGAUUACUCCACCUCUCCUACUGACACAAGUCACGUUGACAGUAUCAUUUAGCCCUACAAUUCCUCCAUACGUUAUUCAUUCUUAUUAAAUUAUAAAGCGCUGCCAUAGUAACUAAAAGCACAGCUACAGCCAAUCCCUGCAGAGGACUUUAUCCCAUUAAGUGUCUAAGGAGCACAUAUAAUUUUCUGCUCUGCUCUCUCUAAUUCUGCCUGCUAAUUGCUAUCAGAGUCGAGAGUAAGCCAAACACCAAUAGAAACGCUGAUACAAAAGCUCAAGGCUUCAGCAGCUGCUUAACUGCACAUCCUCAUUGGCUCCUGGAUGGAUGAUCCCUCUGUUACAAUGUCAGCUAUUUGCUUUUUCUCUGUUAAAUUUUUCAGGUGUAGCAGUGUUCAGCCAAGCCAUCCUCAUCCCUGCGUCUGCCGAGGGGGAAGUGCAGACUGCCUGCUGGGAGUAGUGUGAGCAGAGAACAUUUCAUCUGCAGACGAUCAUUGCAGGUGAAACGCUAUGGAUUACCCACGAGAUUCAUUCGGUAGGGGAGUGUGCAACGGAUUCCCUUAUGUUCAAAAGAAAAUUUCUAUUGUGUCAGAAUGUCAUGGGCAGCAGAUUUUAAGUGUUCUGCAGAACUUCAGAGACCAGAAAGCAUUCUUUGAUUUUAACAUAAUAGUGAAGGACCAGGUUAUGCCUUGCCAUCGAUGUGUUCUGGCAGCGAGCAGCGACUUCUUCAGAGCUAUGUUUGAAGUAAAUAUGAAAGAACGAGAUGGAGGAAGUGUCACGAUCAGCAACUUAUCGUCAAACGCCGUGGCCGCCUUUCUCGAUUAUGCCUACACAGGCAAAGCAGAGAUCAGCGAUGAGAACGUGGAUAUGCUCUUCCAAAUGUCCUCCUUUCUUCAGGUGCCACUACUUUCCAAAGCAUGCAGUGAUUUCCUAAUAAAAAUCAUUGAUACAAAUAACUGUUUGCAGCUGUUGUCCAUAUCGGAGAGCUACGGGUCAAUACGGCUUUUUGAUCAUGCCUUAGAGUUUUCUCUGCAGCAUUUUUCCUUGUUGACGCAGUCAAUGGAUUUCUUGGAACUGAAUAUCGGGGUUCUUGAAAAAUGUCUUGAAGAUGACUUACUGAAUGUCCCUGAAGAGGAAUCUGCAUUGGUUGCUGUUCUUGCCUGGACCAAACACAGUUUGGAUGAAAGGGAAAGAUUCUUUCCUCGAUUAUUAAGAACAGUAAGGUUGCAUCAAUUGCCCCAGUCUACACUGCAAAAGGUUCUUAUCUCCGAGAACCAGCUAUUACAAAGCACAGACUGCUUAUCAACUAUUACCUCUGCCAUAAAACGUGUAGAAGAUGCUGGUGGAUUAUUUCCAGAUGCCCGUCUUUCUACAACUGAGAAGUAUAUUUUUGUUCACAAAACUGCUGAAGAUGGAGUGAAGCAAUACACUUUUUGUUACAACUUAAAAAUGGACAAAUGGUUGGAGCUUCCUCACAUACACUUGCCUGAUCUACCAGGCUCCAGCCUAUCAAGUUAUGGGGAGAAAAUAUUCAUAACUGGGGGUUGUAAAGGGCAUUGUUGCAGAGGAAUAAGACUGCAUAUCGCUGAGCCAUAUCAUGAUGCUACUGACCAAACUUGGUGCUAUUGUCCAGCAAGUAAUAAUUCCUCUUUAGUCCCUGCCAUGAAGAAUCCCAGGACAAUGCAUACAUCUGUUAUGGCCCUCAACCAAUUAUUUGUUAUUGGUGGAAAGACUAAAGGAGCACAAGACAUAAAAAGUCUUUUAGAUGUUGAAUCUUAUAAUCCUCUUGAUAAAGAAUGGAAAUCCGUAAGCCCCUUGCCAAGAGGAAUAUACUACCCUGAAGCAAGUGCAUGCAAAAAUGUCAUCUACGUACUGGGUUCUGAAGUUGAAAUUACUGAUUCUUUCAACCCUUCUCUUGAUUGUUUCUUCAACUAUAAUGCUGAGACAAAUCAAUGGUGUGAGGUGGUGGCAGAGUUUGGGCAAUUCUUUCAUGCAACAUUAAUCAAAGCCGUACCGGUGAAUAAUACAUUAUACAUCUGUGAUCUUUCAACGUACAAAGUAUACAGCUUUUGUCCAGAAACUUUUGUUUGGAAAGGAGAAGGAUCUUUUGAAUGUGCUGGAUUUAAUGCAGGGGCUGUUGGGAUUGAGGAUAAAAUUUAUAUAUUAGGAGGUGAUUAUGCCCCCGAUGAAAUCACGGACGAGGUGCAAGUCUACCAUAGCAACAGAUCUGAGUGGGAGGAAGUUUCUCCAAUGCCACGGGCUCUCACAGAAUUUUACUGUGAAGUCAUUCAGUUCAAUAAAUAUAGGGACCCCUGGGGAACAAGCCAUUUGUAAACCUGUCUACUGUAUUAUGGAUGCUUACAUGUUAGCAGAGAUUUCCGUUUUGUUUUUGCAAAAGAUUUUUGUAAAUGAUAGUACAGGUAUGGGACCUGUUAUCCAGAAUGUUCAGGACCUGGGGUUUUCUGGAUAAUGGAUCUUUCCGUAAUUUAGAUUAUAUCUUAAGUCUACUAGAA